GGGACAAAUUUUUUUUGUUUCGCAAAUUAUUUGUGGAUUUUUUUGCACAUUUAUGACGUAAUUUGUGAAAACUAUUUGAACUUUUCUGAUACCGGGACGUAUCAAGAGUUAAGAAAAGUAGUCGCAGUGAUCAAUUUUGUUCCCAAAUGUUCUUGGAACGGGAAAGAAACUGAGUUCGUGGGGAGGGGGGCAUUUUGUGCUGUGUUGCUAUGGGCGAAUUCCGACGCUGAGAAAUACGAGUGACUACAAAUGUCUGAAGGAAAUUUGAAUUCCAGAUCUAAGUCCACUUUACAUCAUUUGGAAGAAUCUUAACCCUGACAUUGACGUUGGGCUUUCCUGACAAGUGCCAUGUCAGGUCGAGAUCUAAAGAACUUCCUCUUCCUCCAUCGGUCAGACCCAACAGACAAAGGCCAGGUGUUCACCAGGAUAAUGGGAGGAAACAGGAGUAACAAGUACCGGCAGGUGGACUAUGAUGCCGUGAGAGAACUGAUCGCAGACAGGAGACGGGCUGGGGAGGAGAAGCUGGGGAAAGUGCAGCAGAUCGCUCAGAAGUCUAAAGCUGGAAAGGAGCACAACCUACAGAAACAGCACAAGAUGGUCUGGCACAAGGAGCAGUUACGACUGACCACGGCGCGGCGGCAGGCCCAGAUCGAGCUGGACGGUUUGACCAGCCCUCUAACCCACGACUUCUCACUGUGCACAGAGUUCUUCGAUGAGUGUGAAGCGUACAACGCCAUGCUUUCUGCAGACACUGGAGACUUUAAAGCUGCCACCGUUGACCCCGUAUGGGACCUGAGAGAAGAUCUGCUGUACUGGCUACAAGAGCAUGCAGAAGCUAUAUCCCAGGGGGAGGGAGAAGACCUGAAGGAAGAGCAUCAAGAGAUAAAAGACCAGGUUGAGUCGGUGAAGGCUCAGCAGCAGGACUUGAUGCAGAGACUUCAGCAGGAGCAGAGGAAACUGGAGGAUGAGUUAAACCUGCCUUACCUACAGAACAUGCUGCAUGCUGGGGACAAACUACAGGAGACUGGCAUUCCUCCCGCUGUGGCAAGCCUGGAAUGUCCAGACAGGAAAUUAAAGGAUUCUGUACUGCAGGAAUUUCUCCAUAUAGACUCACAGUAUCAAGAAAGGCUAGAGGAAUUGGAACAUACAAACAAAGAAACUAUAAGUUCCAGUACAGGAGGUUGGAAGACUGAAGACCACUGGGUGUUCCAGGUGGUACUAGAGCAGUACCCACACGACCUGCCACACAGGCGACAACUCUACCUGGACAGACUCCGCAAACACCUGCCUCGCAAGACAAGAGCUGCACUGGUUUCCCACGAGGCGUGGUACUCUGCAUACAGGCUGUACCACGACCAGAUACGCUCGGUACGACACAGCUGGACCCGAGACCGCGCAGAACUGAUGGGGAAGGCGCGAGCCACGUUUGCUGCCGUGUGUACCGCUCAUGAGCAGGCCAGGGAGGCCAGGAUCAAACACCAGGAACAGGAGGACAUAUGUGCUGUGUUGAGAGAACAGUUGCACUACUGGCAGGAGAUCAAGAGAGAGCAGAUGGCCAUAGAAGCUGCCAUCAAGGCACGAAUGAGAGAGGAAGAGGAGGAGAGAAGACAGAUGGAAGAGAAGAAGGAAAAAUUAAGGAGAGCAAAGGAUCACCAAAGGUUGGUUGAGUUCUACGAAGAGAAGCAGAGGGCACGUGCUGUUGCUGCAGAAGCUGACAGGAGACGUAUGGAGGAACUGCAGAAGCUUAUGGCAGAACAGGCAGAGCAUGACAAGGAGAGGGUGAAAUACAGAGAAGAACAGAUAGAAAAGAAGCAUCAGCGGAGGAAAGAAGCCCAGGAAAGACAGGAAGAAGAAGAGAGAGAGAAAGAGAGGAGACUGGAAGCUCUCAGGCAAAUGGUGGAGCCCCAUGUGGAGGUAGACCCAGUACGAAUGAUGGGAGACACAACUGCAUCCAAAGCCAGGAUGGGUAUUGGCACAGAAGAAGAUAUCAACAUCCAGAGACCAUUGUUUCACUUGCAUGGAUUCACUGACCAACAGGUUGCGUCAGACAACAGAGUGCGUGUUGAGCAGGCACUGAGAGAGGCGGGGCUUCACACGUCCGAGUACGCACGCCACAUUCUGAAGGACAUCGCCCCACCCCGCCCGCCUAGGAAAGACCAGGAGUCAUCUGUGCACAGGCUGCUAGAUCAUAACUAG